CUUCAUUUCCUCAAGUCUUUCAAGAUGUAUUAUGAAUCACUGCUUCAAUCAAUGCUCCCUGCCCAGGAUCUCCGCGGGCCCGCUAUGAAGGACGAGCCUGCGUUUUAUCGCAGACUAGAAGAGGCUAUGGACGUUCACCGCCAAAAACGUUCGCUUAUGUGUCUCAAACCAAGAUGGGAUAGCAGUGUAGCGGACUACACUACUAGCGACUUCUUAUCCUUGAAUCGCUCCGGAAAAAUUCGUGACGCAUUCUACGAAGAGCUGAAGAGUCAAGGAUCUUUCGAGCUCAGCGCAUCCGGCUCACGUGUGCAGUACGGAAACUACGACUAUCUACUUCAAGUUGAGCGAGAAAUCGCUGCAUUCCAUGGAGCCGAGACCGCCUUCAUUUGCCACUCUGGAUUUUUCGCAAACGUAGGAAUUCUGGAAGGCGUUCCGCAGCCUGGAGAUGCCAUUGUCAUGGACGAAUUUUCCCAUGCAAGCACUCGCCUUGGACUCAAAGUGACCUUGGCUGCGCAUAAGCUCGAGUUCAAGCACAACAAUCUCGACUCUUUCCGAGAGGUCAUGACUUCCCUGAAGAGCAAGGAUCCCGCGUUCGCAAGCGGCGAUAAGUCCAUCUUGAUCUGUGUGGAAUCGAUAUAUAGUAUGGAAGGCGACAUCUGUCCUUUGCGAGAACUAGUCAGCAUCGCAAAAGAGUUAUACCCUGCUGGCAAUGCACAGUUCGUCAUUGAUGAGGCCCACAGUACCGGCGUCCUGGGUCAGAAUGGGGCUGGUUUAGUAUCUGUGCUGGGACUCGAAAAAGAAAUCGCCAUUCGUGUGCACAUGUGUUCCAAGGCGUUAAGCUCGACGGGAGGGGUAAUUUUGUGCAACCAAACAAUUCGAAGUGCUCUCGUGCAAUACGCACGGUGCCUGACGUAUUCCGGAGCACCUUCUGUUCCUAUGAUCGCGUCAAUCCGUGCUGGAUAUAACCUUUUCAGAAGUGGGCAGACUGUAGAACCCCAAGAAACUAUCCAAAGACAUGUGAAACACUUCUUUACCAAAUUACUGGAUGACCCAAGAUGGCAAGACGCAAUGGAUGAAGGGUUGAUAGCUGUGCCGUUAGCCGAGGACUGGGAAGAACGUGAAUAUCACUCUCACAUUGUAGCGGUGAAGAUCUCCGGGGGCCACGAAUUCGCUCUGUUCGUUCACUUGCUGAUGCUCAACAUGAACGCUUACCCAAUCAGCUACCCCACAGUCCCAAAGGGCACUGGACUGGUCCGAUGCUUGAUCCAUGCCCAUAACACAAUUGAAGACAUUGAUCGCCUGGUGGAAGCCAUUGGCGAUUGGUCAGAAGAAAUGUUGGAAAUCCAACGUGGCGAUUCCAAAAGCACGGUUCCGAGCGCGCUGCGCCGAGCUAUGGGUCUUCAGGCUUCGGGGUGGAAAGAAAAUUGA